UGUAAAAUGAUUACAUUUUUCAUUUUACUAUGGUUAUUACGAACUAUAGUAUUAUAUAUUAUCUUUAUCUGACAGAUAAAGAUGAUAUAAGCUGUGUUUAAAUCAUCCAAACAAAAUGGCAGUACUAAUUGCAGCUGUUAUAUUAUCAGUUGCAAUGUGCUGGAUGACGACUUAAACAUCAACAAUAACAACAGGCUGUAAUAUGGCGUGGUCGUCUACUUGCUACUUCUUGAUUAUAUUUAAUAGGAAAUGCAUUUAUAUAUUUUGACUAAAUCAUAACAGUAUUGCAAUGAGUAUAUACAAAAAAGUAGACUUUUAUGAGCUGUGCAGGCUUUGCAUGUGUGUUGGCGGUAAAAAAAAACAUAUUUUCAAAAGUCCAGAUUGUUGCGAAAAACAAUUAACUUUAAAAUUAAAGAAAUGUAUUCCGUUACAGAUAAAAGAAAGCGACACAUUACCUAAAGGUAUAUGUGAAAACUGCAUUGCUAAGGUAGAAGAAUUUUAUGAUUUUGUUGAUCAAUGUAUUAAUACUGAAUCAAUGUUAAAAAGUUAUUGUGCUACAUUAAGUGUAUCUGAUCAACUAAAAUGUCAAGGAAAAGUGAGUUUUUUGUUUCAGUUUUAUAAUUAUUAAAAUUUGUUUGCAUAAAUUUACAUUGCCAAAUUAUCAUUUUCAUAUUUGUAAACAGACUUGUAUCUAUAAAAAAUAUCUUUAUGAGCACUUGC